GUCGCGAUGUUGUAAACUUCCGGUGAAUUUUGACAGCUGACUCACGUGGUUUGGUUGCAGCUGGUUGCAAUCGUUUAUUUCUAAAGAAUUUGUGCUUUUUUCUUAAAGGAGGAAGCUUGAAUUAAAGCAAAAUGGCUGGUAUCACAGAGGCACAGCUGAAGUUAGUUGCAGAUCUUGAAAUGGAGAUGAUGGCAGACAUGUACAACAGGAUGAGCACAACAUGUCAGAAGAAGUGUAUACCUGCAAGAUAUAAAGAUGCUGAAUUGACAAAGGGUGAAACCGUGUGUGUAGACAGAUGUGUAGCUAAAUACAUGGAAAUACAUGAUAGAAUCGGCAAAAAAUUGACUCAGAUGUCACAACAAGAUGAAGAACGUGUCAAACAAUUACAAGCACAGAUGCAAAAAUGAACAUAAUUCCAAUUUAGUGAUUUUAAAAUAACUGAAAAUAGGAGAAGUAGACCAGUGUGUUCAAAAGUGGAUAAAUUGUGAUGUUAUUCAACCAGUAUGCUGUUGGUCAAGAAAGAGACAUCAAGACUUAAUGAUAUUACAGUGCAAGUAAUCAGUAGCUUUUUAUGGCAAUGUACUUACCAUUCUUGAUGCUGAAUGAGGUCGACUCGAAGAUGAAUUUGUCACGUCAUCUUCAUCGUGAUGGACUUAAAGAUUUUCUUGAAAGGAGAGAAACACAAGUUCUUGAUAUGUUAAAUGAUUUGAUAUAUAUUAGAUAGUAGGAUUCAUAUAUUUUGCUUAGGUACUAUUUUUUUUUAAGAUUAAAUAUGUGUAUGAAUUUAAGCUAUAUAUGAUAUAUUCCACUGCCUACAGACAGUCAGUCUUGUCAGAAAUUGUGUUCAGGCUGGAUGAACUGACCAUUCAGGUGACCUUGUUACAAAAUUUAAAUUCUCCCUUGUUCUUUAGCUCACCUGAGCCAAAGGCUCAUGGUGAGCUUUUGUGACCACUCAAUGUCCGGUGUGCGGUGUGCGUCGUCCGUGCAUCCGUCAACAAUUUCUAAAAAAAUCUUAUUAAAAACCACUGGGCAGGACUAAAUCAAACUUCAUAGGAAUGAUCCUUGGGUGGUCCCCUUUCAAAAUUGUUCAAAGAAUUGAAUUCCAAAUAGAACUCUGGUUGCCAUGGCAACCGAAAGAAAAAACCACACCAAAUAUUUUCAAAGUCCAUUGAGAUAUUGCUUUGAUAUUUUGCAUACUUGUUUACCAUCAUGACCCCAGUCUGUAAAGAGGAGGAGGAGGCAACUCUAUCAAGCAUUUUGACUGAAUUAUGGCCCCUUUUCGACUUCGAAUAUGCUUAUUGUAAUGUUAAAGUUUUACUCUUAGCUUAUAUUAUACUAUCAAGCACUGAGAAUAGUCGAGCGCGCUGUCAACUGACAGCUCUUGUUUAAUAUUUUAGCAUCAAUUUGACAUUUGAAACAUGUGGCUCAUAUAACUCAGGUGAGCGAUCCAGGGUCAUCAUGACCCUCUUGUUUUUCCAUAUUUUUAUGACUGUAAAAAAUAAGUCUGCCUGUUCUGUUUGUAUUAAGAUAUACCAGUAACAGUAAAUUAUUACAACGUCAUUCAGAAAUUCCCGUCUGCCAACAUUCUGGCCUUUUUAGCUCGACUAUACAAGGUAUAUGGAGAGCUUGUGUUGGUAUCCAGAUUUGGUUCAAGUUUGAUGCACUUUAUCUCUGUAAUUACUCUUUAUUUGGUUCACACUUACAAUACUUGAUUCCAAUCAUCAACCACAUUAAAUUACACAAAAAGAGUCAUAACUCUGCCUUGAAAAUUUCAUAAAUGAUCCUUUGUACUGUAAAAGCAGAAAUUUUCGUGAAGGUUUAAUUUUCACUAUAUUUGCGAGAUCCCUCAUCUCGUGAACAUUAAUCCUCACGUAAAUAUUAACCAUUAGUAUAAUGAAAAUCAAGCAAAUAUCUCGUCAUUACACAAACCUUCCCCAGCGUAUUAAAUUUUAUCUAUUUACAAAAAUAGGCUAUGUUUAGUGAUGCCGUAAUAAUUAUAGGAUAAGUUUAAUUUUAAGACGAACAGAACAAUCCACAUAACUGUUAGAUUUAGAAGGAUAUGGUAACUUUUGUGUUUGCCGUGUGUUUAAUUUUAAAAACAACCAUUGACAUCUCGGUACUUUGGUAUAAAUAAUAUCCAUACAAAAUUAAAUGCGAUCGAUCUUUACAGAAUACAUUCUGAAGGUAACGCUUUACAAUGUGUAGUGCUUAUGUACACCCUACUUAUUAAAAAGCCAAAACAAGCAGAUUUACUUUUUUUAAAAUUUCACGAAUAUAAAACAUCUCAAACAUACUCAAUACUUCAAACUCGUGAAAUUUUGACCCAGCGAUAAUAUGUGCUUUUACAGUAAUUAGAACUAGGUUGAAAAUUUGAUUCACUUUCACUAAUCUCUGUCAUAAUUUAAUGGGUUUUAUUAAAGUAGUUGUUUCACAUCACCAAUCUCUGGACCCUUGAGGCAUCAGUUUUACAUGAAUUAUGCCCCUUUUCUUAUUAGAAAUUUGGGUUUAAGUUCUGCACUAUGUAUAUUAUUAUUUAAUAGAUUGAUUAAAACUUAAAGCAGUUGCUUCAUAUUUUCAUCCACGUCAUAUAGAACUAGUCUCCAUCAAAAAUCUAGCUUGCUGCCUCUGCCUUCAGCACGUGUGUAGUCUUGAACUUCCAAUAAUAGACUGUAAUUUAGCUGUUCUUCUUCCAUUAAAACGCAUAAUAAAUCUGCUAAAUUUGUUACUUGUGCCGAUAACUCGUGUUCUUACACAAAUGUCAUGGUGUUAAUUGGAGGCACUAUUAGUAAGUCACGGAUGGUUUUCAAGCAUUCUUUUAUGUAAUGUUUUACAAAUUGAUAUAGAAAUUGCUGACAUAUUUGUUAUAUCAACCUUUGUAAUAAACUUGUAAAGAAUC